CAACCCUAGCUAGGCCGCUCACGAGGUUCUUCCUUUCUCAGCCAGCACCGUGGUAGCGGGUGAGUGCGUGGCGUGGAUGGACCGGUGAAAAAUCGACAAAAUUCACCAAAGUCAGACAGUUUAAGAGUUUCAUUCGUACGGCAUCAACAUGCCGGCGUAUUUUCAGCGGCCAGAGAAUGCUCUGAAGCGGGCGAACGAGUUCCUCGAGGUUGGCAAGAAGCAGCCAGCCUUGGAUGUCCUCUACGAUGUCAUCAAGAGCAAAAAACACCGAACAUGGCAGAAGAUCCACGAGCCCAUCAUGCUCAAGUACCUGGAGCUCUGCGUGGACCUGCGCAAGAGUCACCUGGCCAAGGAGGGUCUCUACCAGUACAAGAACAUCUGCCAGCAGGUGAACAUCAAAUCUCUGGAGGAUGUGGUCAGGGCUUACCUGAAGCUGGCGGAGGAGAAGACUGAGACGGCAAAGGAGGAGUCCCAGCAGAUGGUCCUGGACAUCGAGGAUCUGGACAAUAUCCAGACUCCGGAAAGCGUGCUGCUGAGCGCUGUGAGCGGAGAGGACACUCAGGAUCGUACAGAUCGCCUGCUGCUCACUCCCUGGGUGAAGUUCCUGUGGGAGUCCUACCGCCAGUGCCUGGAUCUGCUGCGAAACAACUCCAAGGUGGAGCGCCUGUACCAUGACAUUGCUCAACAAGCAUUUAAGUUCUGCCUGCAGUACACCCGUAAAGCAGAAUUUCGCAAGCUGUGUGACAACCUGCGUAUGCACCUGGGUCAGAUCCAGCGCCACCACAACCAAAGCACUGCCAUCAACCUGAACAACCCUGAAAGCCAGUCUAUGCACCUGGAGACACGUCUGGUGCAGCUGGACAGCGCUAUAAGCAUGGAGCUCUGGCAGGAAGCAUUCAAGGCUGUUGAGGACAUCCAUGGGCUGUUUGCUCUUUCCAAGAAGCCUCCCAAACCCCAGCUCAUGGCUAACUAUUACAACAAGGUGUCCACUGUGUUCUGGAAAUCGGGAAACGCUCUCUUCCACGCCUGCACCCUCCACCGGCUCUAUCACCUCUCAAGGGAGAUGCGUAAGAAUCUGACCCAAGAUGAGAUGCAGAGGAUGUCCACUAGAGUCCUCCUGGCCACUCUGUCUAUUCCCAUCACCCCUGAGCGCACUGACAUCGCCCGCCUGCUCGACAUGGAUGGCAUCAUUGUGGAAAAACACCGCAGACUGGCCACGCUCCUGGGCCUGCAGUCUCCACCAACCCGUCAGAGUCUCAUCAAUGACAUGGUGAGAUUUAACCUGCUGCAGUAUGUUGUACCUGAAGUAAAAGAAGUUUACAACUGGCUGGAAGUAGACUUUCAUCCUCUAAAGCUGAGCGGAAGAGUGACCAAGGUGUUGAACUGGGUGAGAGACCAGGCUGAGAAGGAGGCUGACCUGCAGCAGUACGUCCCUCACCUGCAGAGUAAUACCAUCCUCAGGCUCCUGCAGCAGGUUGCACAGAUCUAUCAAAGCAUCGAGUUCACCCGUCUGGCCUCUCUGGUUCCAUUUGUGGACGCCUUCCAGCUGGAGCGCUCCAUUGUGGAUGCUGCCCGGCACUGUGAUCUGCAGGUCCGUAUAGAUCACACCUCUCGAACGCUGAGCUUUGGCUCUGACCUGAACUACUCGACCAAAGAAGAUGCCCCAGUUGGUCCUUUCCUACAGAACAUGCCCUCAGAGCAGAUAAGGAACCAGCUGACUGCCAUGUCUGCUUCCUUGGCCAAGGCCAUCCAGGUCAUCAAGCCUACCUCCAUCCUGCAAGAGCGUGAGGAGCAGAACCAGCAGGCCAUCGCCGCCUAUCUCAAAAAUGCCCGCAAAGACCACCAGCGCAUCCUGGCUCGUAGACAGACCAUUGAGGAGCGUAAGGAGCGCCUGGAGAGCCUGAACAUUCAGCGUGAGAAGGAGGAGCUGGAGCAGCGGGAAGCUGAGAUGCAGAAGGUUCGCAAGGCUGAGGAGGAGCGUCUGCGCCAGGAGGCCAAAGAGAGGGAAAAGGAGCGCAUCAUGCAGGAGCACGAGCAGAUCAAGAAGAAGACAGUCCGUGAACGGCUGGAGCAGAUCAAGAAGACUGAACUUGGAGCCAAGGCUUUCAAGGACAUUGAUAUUGAGGACCUUGAGGAGCUGGAUCCUGACUUCAUCAUGGCCAAACAGGUGGAGCAGCUGGAGAAGGAGAAGAAGGAACUUCAGGAGCGUCUGAAGAACCAGGAGAAGAAGAUUGACUACUUUGAGAGGGCAAAACGUCUUGAAGAGAUUCCUCUCAUUAAGAAGGCUUAUGAGGAGCAGCGCAUCAAGGACAUGGAACUGUGGGAGCUCCAGGAGGAGGAGAGGAUCAGUAACAUGAAAGUUGAACGGGAGAAGGCUCUGGAGCACAAGAAGCGCAUGUCCAGGAUGAUGGAGGACAAAGAAAACUUCCUGUCCAAAAUAACUGCUGCCCGUAGCUUCAUUUAUGAGGAAAAACUCAAAGCUUUCCAGGAGCGCUUGGUGGAGGAGAGGAAGAAGCGUCUGGAAGACAGGAAGAAGCAGCGCAAAGAGGACAGACGUAAUGCUUACUACCGCCAGAAAGAGGAAGAGGCACAGCGCAUCCACGAGGAGCAGCUCAAGAAAGAACGCGAGGAGCGCGAGCGCCUGGAACAAGAGCAGCGAGAGGAGGAGGAGAGGGAGUACCAGGAGCGCCUGCGCAAGCUCGAGGAGCAGGAACGCAAGCAGCGCGCUCGUCAGCAGGAGAUCGAGGAGCGGGAACGCCGCCGCGAGGAGGAGAGGAGGGGACCUCCAGAGGAGAAAACCAAGGACUGGGGUGAGAAGGAGAAGGAGAAGGAUGAGGGAGGAUGGAGGAGGCGUACGGAGGGAAAGGAGGGAGGCGAUUCAGACUGGCGUCGUCCUGUGCCCGACAGGGAUUGGAGACAGGAGGGCCGUGAGGAUGACAGAGAGGAGAGAGAAGCUCCCUUCAGGAGAGAAGGUCCUCGCAGGGGCGGAGAUGACAGAGCACCCCGUAGAGGCUUUGACGAUGAUCGAGGCCCACGUCGUGGUGGCGAUGAUGACCGUCCUCUACGCAGAGGCUUUGAUGACGACCGCGGCCCAAGGAGGGGUGGAGAUGAUGACCGUGGCCCAAGGCGUGGUUUUGAUGAUGACCGCGGCCCAAGGCGCGGCGGCUUUGAUGAUGACCGUGGUCCCAGGCGUGGCUUUGAUGAUGACAGAGGUCCCAGGCGUGGCUUUGACGAUGACAGAGGUCCCCGUAGAGGCAUGGAUGACUUUAGGGGUCCCAGGCGUGGGGGUGAUGAUGACUGGGGCAGAAGAGGAGGAGAUGAUGACAGAGGUGGAAGGAGAGGCAUGGAUGAUGGACCACGCCGUGGUGGUGAUGACUUGAAACCCUGGAAGCCACUGGGCAGACCUGGUGGCUGGCGUGAGCGUGAGAAGGCUCGUGAGGAGAGCUGGGGUCCUCCCCGUGGUGAAGCAAAUGAUGAAGGAGAUGAUGAUGGUGGUGCUGGUGAAGAAGAGGAAAGAUCCUUCAGAGACCGUCGUCCACCAAGAGAGGAUACCUGGAGGAGAGGAGGCACAGAUGAAGGAAGCAGCUGGAGAGACUCCCGCAAAGAGGACCCUGACCGCGAAGAUCGUCGUGAACGAGUCGAACGCCAUGAUGAUCGUCCUGUUGACCGUCGCGAUAGAGAACGCCGGGAUGACCGUGAACAAAGAGGCCCACCCAGAGAUCCUGAUGAUGGAGGUUCUUGGCGUCGUGGAGGUGAUGACAAGAAGGAGGAAAGGGAUCGUCCCAGAGAGAGGGAGCGUGAGCGUGAAGCUGACGGAGAAAAGGGUUGGCGUACCGACAAAGAAAACCCUCGUCGCACCAAGAACGAGACGGACGAUGACGGCUGGACCACUGUCCGCCGCUGAGCAACAAUCUCUGCAAUCAAUUGGCUGUGUUAAUUAAUUGGUUUUGAUUUAGAAAAAAAAAAGAAAUCCAAUAUCCCAUCAGUCAGUCACAGUGGUAAAUCAAUAAUACUCACGCAUUUUUUCCUUUUGAAUUAAAUAUUUGUAGACACAGGUUUCCUGGGGAUGUUCUUCCCGUUCUCUUUAUUUUCAGCAGUUUUAAACCAGAGGCUCAUCACCACCCAGAACACCAACAACCGAUGCACUUAGGCCUCAUGCAAACCAUCAAUGUAAACAGACUGCCCCCGGUGGUUAGGAGUAAUAUUACAUGACAAAGUGAAGCCGACUAAAGUGAAACCAACGUACCUACUCUAACUUUCAAUGCAAACUGUGUAUCACCAACUGCCUCUUUUAAAUGAUUAACCUUUUCAUAGAUGUUCUAUUAUUGCAUCGAUCCACAACUCUUGUAAUGGCAAUGACUAUGAAAUUUGUCAUCUGCUUGAUUGAUCUCUGCUCUUCAUCUAAGGUUUCAGAUGCUUCUUAACCUGGUAAAGAUCUAGUGGAAAUUACAUUUUGAUGUGCAUGCGUAGAGUAUUCAAUUGGUCUUGCUUGAUAUCCAAUAUGUGGUUCUAUCUUGCUGCAGUCAAUGGUAUCAAACCAGGUUGCAUGUGUACAGAUAAAGCCUUUAUUAAUAAAGAUGUUUGCUCACCA